UAUUUACCUUACUUACUAUCACCACAUACAUUAUUAUUAGUUAGACAAAGUUGGAUUCACCACAUUUGCUCUUUAUUUUUGUCAAAACGAUAGAAUGGAUAUUAGUCAUAUUUUAAUAUUAUGAAGAAAAACACAUGGAUAUAUGUUUAUACGAUAAAUUUCCUAAUUUCUUUAAAUGACCCAUAUGUGAAAAAGGAUUAAAUGAAUUUAAAUUGAAUUAUUAAAGCAUGGAUGUAGAUCUUUCGGAACUUGAUGAUUGGUUAGGUACCUUGGAAGAAUUACAGCUGGGACUGGAGAAAACCGCAAUUUCUAACACUAAUAAUAACAAUAAUAGUAAUAUUAAUAAUGAGAACUAUGAUUCUACUAAAACCUCCAACUUGCCACCUCCGCGUGUAAAUAAUGCUAGUCCCAUAUGUUUGAAUAAACCACCAAGUCCACGUCUUCCAACCAACUUGUCCUCAUCUCCUCAUUCACACACAUUACACACACAGUCAUCAACUUAUUAUUGGACAGGAAAUCCUACUGGUCCAACAUUCUCUUCUUCCAAUCAAAUUUCAAAUAUCUCUCAAGGAUCAGCUUAUCCGCAUUCGCCAUCAUCAUCAACGUCACCACUAACGACGACGUCAACAACAACAACCUCAACGCUGAUAAAUAAUGGUAGCAACAGUAUCAAUCCUACAAAUCCGUCAUAUGCUGCAAAACCUCCUGGAUAUAAUUCCGUGUCAUCAACACGUUUAUUGAAUAGAACAACAGAUAUUCCUGUGACUGAAAAUGGGAGCAGAGGAAAUGUUUGUGUUAAAAAGACUAUCUCACAGAAACCGUCAAAUCAUGUGUCUUUCAACUUACAUAAUCCACAAGAAGCUACUGCUGAACAUGAUUUGAGUAGUCUGCUUAGAGAACUUGAAGUCGUCGAAGAGAAAAUGAAAGAACUUGAACAAGAAAAUAAUCAAUUCACUCGACGUUACAGUCUUGCAUCCUCUUCCAAUGGAAAGCGUCAAAAUCAAACUUCAUCUGACCAAUCGCAUACUGAGAAUGCACAGAGUUCUUCAGCUGUCAAUAAUAAUAAUAAUGAUAUUAACGAUCAACCAGUUGUCUCCUUACCAGUCCCCGUUAGAAAAGGUAGCUUAGUAAACAAAAGCAAUGGAUUUAUUUGUGCAGAAUGGGCGGCUAAAUUAAAUCAUGAUGAUUAUGAUAAUCAUUAUAAUAAUACUAAUAAUAAUGAUAGUAGUAGUAGUAGUAUAAGCAGAAGUCGGAGUAGAUUUGCUAAACAAGAGAACACUUCACCGUCACCCUCACCACCUCCCCCACCGCCAGCAUUUCUUGGUGCUGGUGAUGCAUGUGCAAGUCCAACUAACACAUUACCAUCGCCUUCACAUUCAUCACAUCCACAGAUACUACAACAAUCACAAGAACAAGAACAAAAAUCCCAUCAAGGUCAUCAUCAUCAUCAUCAUCACCAACUCAAUGAAACUUCAUGGUCUAUAUCAAAUUCGAAUAAUUAUUCUACAGGUGGAAUGAAGUCACAGGCGUCAAAUUCGCAUGAUGUUGUCAAUUCAGAUUACAAGUUACGACAACCACAACAACAACAACAACACCACCAAGUAAACCAAGUACACGGGACAUCUCCAACUCCUGGUUACAAUUCACAAUCAUAUCAAAUUGUGGAUAAUCAAAAACAACUUAUUAAUGAAUUGAGAGGAUUCUAUAGGAAUUCAAGUACAAGAGCACCGUCAGAGUUAACUGUCCAAUCUGGUAUGGAGAAGUACAAGAAUUUUCCCAACUCCUCCUCAAGCCCAUCACCGCCAUUUAAUAAUUACCAACAAAAUUCGACGACAAACAACAGGUUAAUACCACUGACAACGGAUCAAUUUGAAAUGGAAAAAUCCAUUAAAAUCAAUAAUAAUAAUAAUACUGAUAAUAAUGUUAAUAAUAAUCAUACCUAUGCUAGUUCAAAAAGUUCUGAUGGUUAUCGUUCGUGUGGAUCAUUAACAACUUAUCAAGGAUCAACUAGUCACUAUGAUCAAGGAAGAAUGAUAAUGAUUGGUGGUAGUCAACAAGAUUAUUGUGAUGAUAACAAUGAUAAUAAUAAUAAUAAUAACAAUAUUGAUGCAAUUGUCCGAGGUGGUGGUGGUGUUGGCGGUUGUGGUAGUGGUGGUAAUCCGGGGAGUUGGACACCACCAGAUCAUGCUUAUCUUCGACGCGAAUGUCAUAAAACAAAUUCAUCAUUAGUAGUUACAACAAGAGGUGGAAGUGGUAGUGAUGGUCUGUCGAAUUCAAUGAGUCCUGAAAGCUCCUUAUCGGAUAAAUCAGGAUCAGAAGCUAAUGAACUCAGUCGUCUUCAAAUGUCAGACAGUUCAGAGAAUAAUCAAAGAAAUAAACUGGUUGUGCGCGUUUUUCGUCCGGAUAAAACAACUAAAGCCAUUCUAAUUGAUCAUCAUAUGACUGCUGGUGAAGUCGCCAGUAUGAUGAUUGAGAAAAACUUUUUACAACCUUCAAUACACUUAGCCCUGGUAGAAAAAGUUCCAGCUUUAAAAAUUGAACGAGUUUUUGAAGAACAUGAUCUCUUAUCCGAUUGUAUUUUGGCUUGGCCGACAAAAAGUCAAAAUAUGAUCUUUUUUGAAGAACGACCUGAUCACUUUGGUCUUGUUGAAUCACCUGAUUAUUGGAUUGGUGAAGAUAACAAUAAACAAGGCUUCCGUACUGCUGAAGCUAUUCAGACAAUGUUAAAUGAUAUUGAUAGCCAUGGUUUUCCUGAAUGGCGUGAUUACUUGUUUAUACGUAAACCUGGUGAUAAAUCAUGGUCUCGACGACUUUGUAUUCUAAGAAGUUCUGGACUGUAUACAUCAAAUAAGAAUAAGAAAAAUCUUUCGUCGACAGAUCUCAUUCGUAUUUUGGUUUUGGAUGGACCAUUGAAAUUGUAUACAACUACAGGUGGUUGGACACGUAUGCGUGCACCUACACCGCAUGGGUUUGCCUUUAAGCCUUAUUCCGCACAAGAUCCUGCUUCAACGCAUGUAUUUUGCUUCUGUGCUACAGAUGAGAAAGCUCUACGUCAUUGGAUAUGUCGGUUACGUAUAGCUAAGUAUGGACGACAACUGCUGACUGAUUAUCACAUGGCCAUCAGUCGAGUUCAUCAACUUAUAAGUCUUCAAACUCAAUUAUCCCAUCAUCAUCAUCAUCCUGAUCGUUCAAAUCAUCCCAUGUUAAAUAUGAAUCUACAAUCCAAAUCAUCUUGUGAUUAUCUUUCACAAUCUUCAUCAUCUAUCCAUACUGCUCAACAACAGCAUCCGCCUCCUCAUCCGUCUCGUCCUCCUGCUGCUGCUGCUUCAGUAGCUGUUUUGCCUACAGGAAGUUCUACAAGUCUUCUAGUCUCUAGUUCAUCACCAUCUGUCUUUCCAUCACAAGAUGAUCAUCCUUAUUCAGAUCAAUAUCGAUACCAGAGGAAACCAGAUCAAUAUUAUCAAUAUUCUGCAUCUAGUAGACAAUCAUUAAGUCCAAAUAUUCAAUCCUCACAUCCUAUACGUCCUGUAUCCCCACUAAUGGGUAUUCGUGCAAGAAUGUCGAAUAAUCCUGUGGAUCAUCAGUCUUAUAAUAUAAUAAAUCAUAAUCCUGCCUCAGAACAAUUAGGCAGACAGAACAGAUUCCCUGUAAACAGUACACAUCAUCCUAUGGAAAGAUAUAAAUAGGCGAAUCUCUUCUGUCUCUCUCUGCUCGCCUCUCUUCAAAUGUCGACUGUCUCCUGUAUACUUUACUGGAAUAAGAGGCUUUAAUAACAGAGCGCACACACACCCCUCAUAGAGAUGUGCAUCUGAAUCAAUGUAUAAAAGCAAAGAAAGGUGUUUGUGUGUAUACUUAGAGAGAAGAUAUCAUCUCCACUGUUUUUAUCCAUUCUACUUCCUCAGAUCUUCUCUCUCUCUCUCACUUACUCUCUCCCUACGUUCACCAAGAAAGAGUUACUCCUCAGAUGUUCGAUGAUUAGAUCCCAGAGAGACGUACACAACCGUAAUCACAUUGCAGGUUCAAAGCAUUUUCUUUUUCUAAAAGUAAGGAAUUAUGAUUUCCUGAUUAUGGUUUAAGUUUUAUUCCCCCUCCUCUUCCCCAACUCAACUGAUCAAGGUCGUCUUUCCUAUAAAUAUAUAUGCAUAUACAUAUACAUAUAAAUAUACAGACAUUAAAACAAUCAUUAUAUAUAAAAUAUUAGCGCCAGUCAGACUCUGUUUGUUUGCUUUUUUUUAUCACAUUACAGAUUUUUAUCACUUUAAAUCCAUCGUCACCAUCAUCAACAACAUGAUUUUUUCUAGAUUUGUAAUUAACUACUGAAAUCCUCAAUUUAAGUAGUACAUUUUAUUAUAUCGUAAAAAUUACUGGUGAUUUCAGCAGAAAAACACACGUUGUUUUUUUUAUUUGAAGGAUAAAGAUGAGGCGAAAAAAAUAGUACACUUGUAAGAUUCUAAAACCAUAAUUGAUACUUGAAGGGAUGAUAAUUUACUGCUGUUUCAAUAAUACUGAUGAGGAUAAUAAUAAUAUUCUUGGUUCAGGUUCAUAAAAUUUUAGAGAUCUAUCUAUUCAACAAAUAAAUUCUGGUGAAGAAAAAAUAAUAAUAAAUAUUAUAAAUUUAUUCAAAAUCUCUUUUUUAUGUGAGUUUGUGUGUGUAUGUGGG